AUGCUUUUCAAGUCUAUCCUCCUCUCUGGAGCCAUCCUGUCUUUCUCUACACUUCAGGUUUCGGCUCACGCAGCUAUCAACCCAGCCCUUGGUGUGAAGGGUACGGCGGCACGGAGUGAUGUACAGAGACCAUCAGAUAACAAACCGUGUGGCAAUACUGCUUUGACCGCCAUCGACACAUCGACGCCAGUAAAGGCUGAUGCCUCCGGCUCCUUCACUGUCAGUAUACAGAACUUCAACGGUGGGAAAGAUGGAUCACGUCAGGUCACGAUGCAAGUUGAUGCUGCUGGUUCCGGCACUAACUUCGUCGCUGGAAAAGUAACAGCGAACGGAGAAGCUGCCCCAGCAUCCACCGGCACAGAGCAGAUUACCGCUUCGCUUCCAGCUGGAACCAAGUGUACUGGUGGUGCUUCUGGUGGCCUCUGCAUGGUCUCGUUCAAGACAGCGGGAGGCUUCGGCAAUUGUGUCGUUGUUCAGCAGGGUGCCGGUGGUGGCGGCAACGCUGGAGGCAACGCUGGAGGCAACGCUGCUGGAGGAAAUGCUGGCGCAGCAACAGGCAACGCAGGUGCGAAGAACAACGGCGGUGGCAAUGCUGCUGCCGCUGCUGGGGGCAAAAACAAGAACAAUGGCAGGGGUGCUGGAACACGCUUGGCCCGCUAUGUCAUUGUCGAUCAAGAUUAG